CACAUAGUACAAUAGUCACAGCUACAAUCACAAUAAUCCAUCAUCCUCAUCAUCGCUAUCAUGAUCACAAGUGUUAUCGUCUCAUAAGUCUUGCAUCUUUCCAAUCUCCUAUUGGCCUCUGUUGGUUACAAACUUUUAAGCCCCACCAGACGCUACCCACUGCAUUCAUUCACCUGCUGGAUUCCCGGAAGGCAUGCUUGACUAGGCUUUAUGCCGUUCUUUGUUUCCCAAGCUUUGUUUGUUCGGUACAAUUGGGAAGAUGGUCCUCACCUAAACGUUGCUGUCCGGUACCGGCGAACGGUGAACAGGAAAUACCCUCAUAUCCAGUGUUUCCCGGUUGGAUAUCUGGGUCUGUGCACCAUGGCUUUGGAACUGGGUGAGUGCUGGGUGACUGCGGCCGCCGGAUGUGGCAACAUUGCCUUCUGUGUCUCGGUGGGGCUCUUGCGUGGAUAUUGUUUCUCUGCUUUACUGUUGAUCUGAAUGAGCCCUACCGGCCUGGUUUCGAAUACCCCCUACGCUCUUCAAGCUGAGGAUCGGGAACCAUCAAACAGGGACUGCAUUCUUUGUCAAACAGCCCUGAACGUUUCCGCUAUUAUUUUAUAAGAGAAACCCCACAAUCUACGGAUAGUUGAUUUGGGCAUCCUAGUGCCUUCCGGUUUUUUCCUGCCAUUCAGAACUAGCGAAACUGCCUUGGGCAGAAGUCUGCUUAUGGACCAGUGCCCGCGCCUUCUACGCCGUGAAUAGUUGCCACAUUUCGUCAGCACCAUCUCGAACUCACUUUGCCAACCACAGCCAUGGACUUCUGCCGAACGCUUCCUCCAAUUUUUGAGCCCUUGGCAGGCUACGAGCACCCUAGUGUUAUUGAAGUUGAGGAUCAUGAUCAAUGCCACCCGAAGAAGCCAGCUAUUAGUUAUUCCAAGCAACUAGUUGAUCUUACAGCCGAUAUGAUACUUACUGAUGGAGGCGAUUACCCACUUCCGUCCAACACUGCCUCCAGUUCUAGACUUCCUCGCGCCGGGCCUAAUGGUUCUACUAGGGAAGCCCCCCAAACUCCUAAAACACCAAAACCCCAUAAAACCCCGAGACACACCGGGCUCAGGCAGGCUGGGCAGUGCGAAAUCCCAGUGACUACCGGCCUAGGUCUCCAUGGUUCCAGCCCUCCACAGAGGUCUACCCGGGUGCACGAGCUGGACCUUGAAUUGAUUGAGUAUCAUAAGAUGAGGCUCCGCAAGCGGAAGACUGUUGAACUUUUCGAUGGGUCCUUUAUCCGCAUUAUCUCGAUCAAGAAUAAACUUACAGAAGAUGGAAGUAGUGAGAUAUUUCUUCAAGGACCACAGUUCCUCAGGAGCAGAAACCUGUUAGGGUUUUUGCCAUUGAAGAAGAACGAAGUUGCCAUGUCUUCACUAUCCGAAUCCGUUCCACUUUCAAAGGUCUUGAAAACAAGGAUUUUGAUUCUUACGAACGCCAAUUUUCCAGAGUUCCGGGAUAUCACCGGGGUAGGUGAUGCUGAUGAGAAGGAAGGUAGGCUAAUCUGUCGGUGGACAAUAAACCUCGUUGGCAAGACGGAAGGCUAUCUAUGUCGUCUCAAAGAAGACGAAGCAGACAAAGAAUUUCGAGUUGCAGAAAGGGGAUUGCGGGAUCAAUGGAGGGGGGAUCUCUUGAGAGCUAAAAUUACGAAUCCGAACCCAAAGAAACAGCAGAAACGUCAACGGGAUGGAACUCUCAAACAGAUACAUCUCAAUGGUAACGGGGCUUACGGCGAGCAGAAAGGAACAUAUUCUCAUCACACAGGCAAUCCCUUCGCCAAAGAUGGGCAUACGCAAAGAACCACGGGCUCCGCAUUUUUGGGGCAUCGUGGGCAGGCAUCUGGGGAGGGGGCUCGGCUUUCCAAUGCACCACCGGCCCCUAUCGCGCUUCCAUCACCUCCGACUCCGAGAUGGGGUCCUGAGCCCAUGGAUAUGCCUCCUCCCCCUCCCAAGUAUCCCAACGCAUUGUUUCCCGGGCAACUAACCUUUGGAGGCGCCCAGACCAAAUUUGGGCUCCAGUCACCUCCUGGAACGCCGUUCUCGAAAGCUAGGGUUGGGUUUUGGGGUAAUGAUUCUCGUAUCCGUAACGAAAAUGCUCCAGCCUUUCCAGGCCCCGAUGCCAGACUUUCUGCGCCAAGUCGACCUGAGCGGCUUACAAGUUACCCCUCAGCUAGAACUAAUCCACUCGGCAGCCCUAUACAACGGAAAGGCUCCCCCAGAGAAAGCAGCCUGAUAAAAGCUGCUACCCUUGACGAUGCUGGCUUUGAAUGUUAUAACCCUACGAUCAACAUUCCUCUUCGCCAGCCCGUUUUUAACUCUAUUCGCGAAACUACUUACACGUUCGGUGAUGCGUUUUGUGGCGGAGGCGGAAUGUCUAGUGGUGCUCGUGCAGCCGGGUUCAAGAAUGCGUGGAGCUUUGACUCUAAUUCUGAAGCCGUGUCAACUUAUCGCCGGAAUUUCCCGCAAUGCACAACCUAUCACUCGACAGUCAACGAUUUCCUCACGCUUCGUCACCCAGAGCUUCUGGUUGAUGUUGUGCAUCUUUCCCCCCCAUGCCAACCUCACUCACCUGCUCAUACGAUUGCUGGAAAGGAUGAUGAUAACAACGAAGCAUCCUUAUUUUGUGUCCGACAGUGUCUGCAGGCUUGCAGGCCGAGAAUGGUUACGCUUGAACAGACUGAUGGGCUCCUGAAUAGACCCGAAUGGUUUCGGAGUUUGGUCAUGAUGUUCACAGACAUUGGCUUCUCCCUCAGCUGGAAGGUUUUACAUGGAGUGGAGUAUGGGGUACCACAAACACGAAAGAGAUUGUUUCUUCUGGCUGCGAGUCCUGGAGAAGAGUUACCCGAGUUUCCAAAGCCAACCCACGCCCACCCAAAAACUGCGAACAUAGAGGGUCGUGCCCCUCCACGCACAGUGCGUGAUGCCAUCUCCGGCAUACCGGCAACUGCCACUUCUCACGUCCAUAACUUUAGCCCAUUCCUCGAUGGCCCCCGGCUGUCGACCGUAAACCUCGAUUUACCCUUGAUGUCUACGAUCCUUGCUAGUGGCGGCCCUUACGACGUUCACCCAAAUGGUCGAAGACCCUUCACCCCGAGAGAGCUCGCGUGUCUCCAAACAUUUCCUAUCUCUCAUGUCUUUUAUGGCAGCCCAUUUCAGAAGAAGAAGCAGAUUGGAAACGCCGUCCCGCCCGUUCUUGCAGAGGCACUGUUAAGCAAGGUACGCAAGGCUCUCGAGAAAGCUGAUCGGUCGAGGAAGAAGAAAUCUGGCCAGGAAGACCCGUUCUGGGUUCCGGAAGGUAGCAGGGGAAGAUUGGCUCGUAACCCGAUAUGCAUCGCCGAUUGAGCUAUGGUGAGAGAAGUGCGUGUCGUUGAUCGAUUUUACGGUUUUUUUUUCAACUCCUCACUAUGGGGGCAUUUUGGUCAUGCUCGGGCAGGGGUUUUUCUGAUGGGUGUUUUUGCUAUUUUCAAUAUUUUUACUCAACAGCUUUUGUCAUGUAUACCAGCGCUCUUAUGGAGGAGGACUAGCUGUUAUGUCUAGGUAAUGCAUGGAGCGCGGCAAUCCGGAGGGAUCUUGAUGUCUUUUUUUUCCCCUUUCUUUCCCCUCACUUAUCGUAGACAUGGGGCAAUUUUUUGUUUCUGCUUUCUCAACCCAACAUGGAAUUAAUUAUCCGACAAGA